CACAGAGCACACAUUUAAACAAUGCCAGACGAAAGGAGCAGUGGUCUCUUCAAACGACUAUCUCAUGCAGGCUCAUUUUUCACUAUCAAACUCUUUGUUGUUUGCCAGGGUUUUCUGCAGCUCUCUCAGCUGAUGACGUCUGGCCUUGUGAAGAGCUCCAUUUCCACAAUCGAGAAGCGCUUUGGACUGUCCAGCCAGAUGGCCGGCAUGGUGGUCUCCUUCAACGAGGUGGGAAACACGCUGCUGAUCAUCUUUGUGAGUUACAUGGGCUGCAGAGUCCACAGGCCCCGAUUCAUUGGCUAUGGGGCCGUCCUCGUCUCCAUGGCUGGCCUGGUCAUGUCGCUUCCUCACUUUAUCUCGGGACCCUACGAAUAUGAUCGCUCCAUUACUGGUUCGGCAACUACCACUUCAGACAUAUGCCUCCCAAGCCGGAAUGAGACAGAAGUAUGCACUGAAUCCAAAAAGAAAGAAACCGAAGUGGUUGUGAUGCUGCUCUUACUUGGGCAGACCCUGCUGGGGAUUGGCGGGGUCCCCAUCCAGCCCUUUGGCAUCUCAUACAUUGAUGAUUUUGCCAGUAAGAACAACUCCCCUCUCUAUAUAGGAAUCCUCUUUGCUGCAACCACAAUGGGUCCUGCAUUAGCAUUCAUAGUGGGGGCAGCUACGUUGCGCUAUUUUGUUGACAUCGAUAAAGUUUCUGCAGCGGACAUUCACAUUAAUAACAAAGAUCCACGAUGGGUUGGAGCCUGGUGGCUUGGUUUCAUAAUUUCCGCCAGUGUGGUCGCCAUCGCUUCAAUACCUUAUUUCUUCUUUCCAAAAGAGCUGCCUAGAGAGGAAGAGUUGCCUUCAGAACCUCAAAACAACGACUUACUACCCGAAAAAAGUAAACAAAAAGAACUGAAAGACUACACUCUGAAAGAGUUCGUCAAAAUGUUUCCUGUGGUUUUCAUGAGGCUGAUGAAGAACCCAAUCUUGGUUGUGGUCAUCUUGGCUAUGGUCAAUCUCUCUGGCAUGAUUGCUGGCAUAGCAACCUUCAUGGCCAAACUGUUGGAGAGGCAGUUCUCCCUGUCAGCAUCUUUUGCCAACAUGAUCCUAGGAGCUAUCAACAUCCCGAGUGGCAUGUUCGGAAUCGCCCUUGGAGGUGCCAUCAUAAGGAACUUCCGCCUCUCCCUCACCCAGAUCGCCCUGAUGUGUGUCAUUAGCAUGGCUCUCUGUACCAUCUGUGACGUGCCGCUCUUCUUCUUGGGCUGCCAGACGCAGACGGUGGCGGGCCUUGAUCUUUCUGGAAGUUCUGGAAUUGAGGAGCACGUUUUCGAUUGUAACCAAAUGUGCAAAUGCUCCCCUUCAGCUUUUAACCCUGUGUGCGGUGAGAAUGGUAUUGAAUACAUCUCCCCUUGCUACGCUGGCUGCACAGAGCUAAAUGCCGACACCGAAACACAUAAAGUUCUGAAUUACACCAGUUGCAAUUGCAUCGUUGCCGAUGGCGGCUUCGGAUCUGCUACCCCCGGGAGCUGCAGCUUUCACUGUUCCCAAUACCUGAUGCCUUUUGUGAUCAUCGCCUCCUUCUCCACGUUCCUGGGGAGCCUCUCACACACGCCAGGCUUCGUGCUUGUUCUGAGAAACGUUGACCCUGAAGAUAAGUCUUUUGCCAUAGGGAUACAGUUCCUCAUGCAGAGAGUUCUAGCCUGGUUGCCUGCCCCAGUGGUGUACGGUAGCCUCAUUGACACAGCCUGCGUCCUGUGGCAGUACAAGUGCAAAAAGAGAACAGCCUGCAGAUACUAUAACAAUGUAUUAUUCCGGCAAAGGUAA